AAGAGAAAAGGUGGAUGGCCAAAGGGUAAAAAGCGCAAAAGAGCAAGAGAUGAGAAUGCACCAAAGCAACCACUUACUGGCUAUGUGCGAUUCCUCAACGAUCGGCGUGAGAAGGUAAGAGAGGAUAACCCGAAUGCAACAUUUGCUGACAUCACGAAGAUACUGGCAACCGACUGGGGGAAGCUACUUCCUGAGGAGAAGCAGAGGUACCUGGACGAAGCAGACAAGGACCGAGAGAGGUAUGCGAAGGAGCUGGAGCAGUAUCAACAGACUGAAGCCUACAAGAUCUUCCUGAAGAAGCAAGCCGAGAAGAAACGCAAGCUGGAAGCCGCAGACGACGCCGACCACCUUUCGGCCAACGGUGGCGCCGAGGGCGAUGAUAAGGAUGAUGACUUGCCUGGAUUUGACAUUCCUAUAUUCACAGAGGAGUUUUUAGACCACCAAAAGGUGAGAGAGGCAGAGCUGCGUGCUCUUCGCAAGUCCAACACGGAGUAUGAGGAGCAGAACGCUAUACUCUCCAAACACAUCGACAACCUGAAGGCGGCCAUCGAACGUCUACAGGUGGACAGCGUUCAGCAGCGGAACAACAACAUGGCGCUGCAGCAGCAUCUGGAGAACUUACGGGCAACGCUCACUGUCAGCUUCACAGAGGUGCCUCUCCCUGGUGAGUGCAUUGUCUCGCAUCUCGCUGCUAAAGAUGCUGUCACGCGAAACCUGUAGUGUAUUUUUCGCUGCAUUCAUGUCUGUAGGGAAAAUUAGUAACUGAUGGUAAUUUAACUCAACGUCGGAAUUAUGAAUGAAAUUGCAACUGUUCGUCAGUGUCUAUGUUUGUUUAAUAAGUAACGGAAUUUGAACAAAACCAUUGACCCAAGAUGAGACAGACCCCAACCCAAACACCUAAAAUUU